AAAAAAAAUAAUAACACAUGCUUUUGCUGUGCUUGAGAAAUGCUCCUGUAUGAUUCGGCGAAGCGCGUUAGUCUGAUUCUAUGUGGCGUCGCCUGGAGUGGUGACUGUAUUGAAAUCAGGCCAAGGCCCGUGUGCAAGAACACGGUUUGACCCUCCACCAUCAACAGCAUGACAGCCAGCAGCAACAACAGCAUUCGGGCCAUCGACAAGGAGUCGGUCCACAGGAUAUGCUCUGGGCAAGUAGUCCUCGACAUGGCCACUGCAGUCAAGGAGUUGCUCGAGAACAGUUUGGAUGCAGGAUCUACAUCGAUCGUCAUCAAAUUCAAGCAAAGUGGAUUGGAUCACAUUACUGUCACUGACAACGGCUGCGGAAUCACCGAUGCCAACCUCGAAACCCUGGCAUUGAAACACUAUACUUCAAAGCUGCGGUCUUUCAAUGAUUUGGCACUGGUUCGCUCGUUUGGUUUCCGUGGUGAAGCCCUGUCAUCUCUUUGUGCCCUCGCCAACUUGACCGUGACCACAUCCACCGGAGCCUCACCCACAGGAGUUUUGGUCGAAUAUACGUCGGAUGGAGUCAUCAAAUCAAGGACGCCCACACCAAUGACCAAGGGCACAAUUGUCAAGAUCAGCAAUCUUUUUGAAGGCUUGCCUGUCCGCAGGAGCGAAUUUGUUAAGAAUAUCAAGCGAGAGUAUUCAAAGUGCGUCGGCUUGAUCCAAGCAUAUGCUCUGAUUGUUCCUAACGUCAGAAUCAGUUGUGUUUCGCAGAUGGACAAAAAGCCUGCAAUUACUCAAAUCGCUACUAGCGGGAACGCCUCUAUCAGACAGAACAUCAUCAAUGUUUUUGGACCCAAGGCAAUGGCGGAUAUUGUUGAGUUUGAUCUGCUGCUUGUCAAGGGACAAUCGAGCAAAGGCGAUGAGAUUCAGAACAUUGAUGAAGGCGCAGACGAUGAGGAUGGUGACGAGCAGAAUCAGAAAGGUGAUAUCAUAUUGAAGGGAUACAUCUCUUCACCAGCCUUCGGCAAAGGACGCUCCUCAGCAGAUCGACAGUACCUCUAUAUCAACGGACGACCCUGUGUUCUCCCAAAGAUUGCACGAGUUAUCAAUGAGGUGUACCACUCCUUCAACACGAAUCAGACUCCGUUUCUGGUCGCUAACUUGAUUCUGCCCACAUCCUAUUACGAUGUCAAUGUCAGUCCCGACAAGCGGACUAUUUUUUUGCACAACGAGCGCAUGCUUGUCGAGGAGCUUCGUAACAAACUCACAGAGCUGUUCGAACCGAGUCGGUCGACAUUUGCAGUCAGUGAGGCGAGGCAGCUCAUAAAGACACCCGAUCUUGCCACCCGUCUGAAAUCUGGGUCCAUCGAGCACAAGAGCAGCCUAUCGAAUGAGCAGCGGCAGAACAUGGAUGAAGCCGACGAGGACAGGAAUAAAGAGCGUGAUACUAAAGUUGGUCGACACCUGGAAGUUUCGGCGAUUGAACCGAUUACGAUGUCUUCAUUUGCGCGAUCGACUGCAAAGGCUACAACUGGAUCCGUACAUGUAAGUGUGGCCAGAUUGGAGCAGACGACACUGACGGACCGACUCCGACCCAUUGAACAACUCAAGAAUUUGAAACGCAAAGCCGAAGACGCAAUUUCGGAGCCGAGAGACGGAACGAUACAGGACGGAGGGCGUCUAUUCGAGCAAUAUGGCGCUGACACAGCUGUUGAAGAAAUUGCAGUCGCAGCACAGGAGAAUGGUUCACAUUUGGUUAGCCCUGCAAGUACAGGCCACUCUGAUCCAAUACUGGAUGUGAUGGAGGGGUAUGAUCCAUUGGACGACAGGACUCGGGAGGAGGACGACCCAGCUAGCGAUAGUGAAGAAGAACAGGAGCACGCAAUGCAGCAGCGGCCUUCGAAACUGCAGCGCGUUGUGGUUUUGGACUCUGAGGUACAUCAUGAAGGUGACCGUGAGUGGGUCGAAGUAGGAUUCAGUAUGGAGGAACAGCAAAGAAGGAGGGCUAUCCGCAUAAAGAACAUUCGAGAAACACGGCGUUUGGAACAAGAACGGGUCGCCCUGCGCAAGGAACGGGCACAACAGAGGCUGGCUACGCGGCAACAGGAUACUGCUUGCGCUGAGGGCGACGAGAGCGAAGUCAAGGAAAGCGAAUCUGUUGAGUCUGAUGAUAACACAGAGAGGGGGCCUCGAAGGAGUCUUCGACGGAAAAACAAGAUGCUGUCGGACGCCAGCUUUGCGAAUAUGGACGACGUUAAGGCUCAAAAGUCAUUAAGCCGUGUCAUCUCCAAGGGCGAUUUCUCGAGGAUGAAGAUUCUUGGACAGUUCAAUAAGGCAUUUAUUGUUGCUCGUCUCGACAAUUACGCAGAGGCGGACCAGUCCCAGGACGCAUCGGACUCUUGCAAGAGCACGAAGGGGCAACGACGAGGCGCGCUAAUCAGCUCCGACAUAUUUGUGAUUGACCAGCAUGCGUCAGACGAAAAGUACAAUUUUGAGACGCUGCAGGCCAAAACAGUCUUUUCGACUCAGCGUCUGUUUCAACCCAAGAAGUUGUACUUGACUGCUCAGGAGGAGAUUACAGUGGUGGAGCACAUGAAGAUGUUGAACAAGAAUGGAUUCUAUCUCGACUAUGAUCCUGAUGCACCCGUGAGCCAUCGACUGAAGCUGGUGACACUGCCUGUGAGCGAGAGGGUGGUUUUUGACCUGCAAGAUUUUGAAGAGCUGGUGUUCCUUCUCUCCCAGCAAACAGCUUUGCCCAGUAGUGACCACGAUAAUGCACCAGGUCAGGGUAGUGAAGAGAGUCAGGACCGCCAUGGCCACGAUCAUCGCCACCGCCAUAAUGACAGCCAGUGCAGUAAAGGACCAGGUCCCGAAAAAAUGGUCCGGUGUUCAAAAGUACGGGCCCUGUUUGCUUCCCGUGCCUGUCGACGGUCGGUCAUGAUAGGACAUGUCCUGAACCAUAGUCAGAUGAAGAAGAUCGUGCGGCACAUGGGCGAGAUUGAUCAGCCAUGGAAUUGUCCUCACGGACGACCGACUAUGAGACAUCUAUUAGACCUUGCAGAACUGGAGCAGCAGGAGCGACGCGCACGGAUUGGUACAGGCAGCUGCAGUCCAGACGAUCAUAACGAUGAGGACUAUGGCGACGAGGGAUCAGAUCAGGAACCGAAACUUUUGAGCAUUGACCGGACAGGUGCCUUUGAUUCGAUUGCGCUCAAGAGACCAACCCGGCAUCAAGGAACUCUUUUCAGGCAAUUCAUGGCUAUCCCGACUCCUCGCACUCAUAUCCCUGUAUGAUGCUCUAAUCUGCUGCCCCAUUCUAUAAUAAAUCUGACAUUUUUACUAUCAGCAGUCCCAGUCGCUCCAGUCAUCUUCCUCCCUCGUCUCAGAAGACUUUUGUUUGC